AUGGACGGCGGAGCCAUCGUGACACGCGACGCCCGGCGCGAGCUCAAGCUGCUGCUGCUCGGCACCGGCGAGAGCGGCAAGAGCACGUUCAUCAAGCAGAUGCGCAUCAUCCACGGGGCCGGCUACUCGGAGGAGGACAAGCGGGGCUUCACGAAGCUGGUGUACCAGAACAUCUUCACCGCCAUGCAGGCCAUGAUCCGCGCCAUGGAGACGUUGAGGAUCCUGUACAAGCACGAGCACAACAAGGCCAACGCGCUCCUGAUCCGGGAAGUGGACGUGGAGAAGGUGACAACCUUCGAGCACCGGUACGUCAGCGCCAUCAAGACGCUGUGGGCUGACCCCGGCAUCCAGGAGUGCUACGACCGCAGGCGCGAGUACCAGCUCUCCGACUCGGCCAAGUACUACCUGACGGACGUGGACCGCAUCGCCACUCUGGGCUACCUGCCCACCCAGCAGGACGUGCUGCGGGUGCGCGUGCCCACCACGGGCAUCAUCGAGUACCCUUUUGACCUGGAGAACAUCAUCUUCAGGAUGGUGGACGUGGGAGGACAGAGGUCCGAGCGGAGGAAGUGGAUCCAUUGCUUCGAGAACGUGACGUCCAUCAUGUUCCUCGUGGCACUCAGCGAGUACGACCAGGUCCUGGUGGAGUCGGACAAUGAGAACCGCAUGGAGGAGAGCAAGGCGCUCUUCCGGACUAUCAUCACCUACCCCUGGUUCCAGAACUCGUCCGUCAUUCUCUUCCUCAACAAGAAGGACCUGCUGGAGGACAAGAUUCUCUACUCCCACCUCGUCGACUACUUCCCCGAGUUCGACGGGCCGCAGCGGGACGCGCAGGCCGCGCGCGAGUUCAUCUUGAAGAUGUUCGUGGACCUGAACCCCGACAGCGACAAGAUCAUCUACUCGCACUUCACGUGCGCCACCGACACGGAGAACAUCCGCUUCGUCUUCGCCGCCGUCAAGGACACCAUCCUGCAGCUGAACCUGAAGGAGUACAACCUGGUGUGACCCCGGCGGCCGCGGAGGGAGACCGAGGGCCGGCGACAGGCCCCCCUCCGGCCGCGCGCCGGGCCGCCCGCCGCCCCGGCUCUGCCCACGGAGGAGACGGGUUUUUUUUCAUAUUUCUAACAAAUGGUUUUUAUUUCACAGUUAUCAGGGGAUGUACAUCUUUGUUUCUACACGAUUCGUGCAGCUUCUCACCUUUUGUCAGCCGCAAAGGCAGCCUUUUUCUGGCCUUGACUUGUGGCUCGCUUUUUUCUAAAAAAAAAAGAAAAAAAAAGGAAAAAGAAUCAAAAAAGGAAAACGGAGACAAGUGGAGAUGAGACCCGCGAGCGCCGAGCCCCGGCAACCCCAGGCCUGGCGCGGCCGCAGCCCCGGCGCCGGACUCCUGCCCCCUCCACCGCGGAGGGGGGCGCACGGACUCCGACUUCCCCCCCUUUUUUUAAGUUAUUGGCAUCCUCGUGACGGACGCUGUGUUUUGCCCACCGGACUCCAAGAAGUGGGGGGUGGGUGGCUGGCGCCCCCCGCUGCCCACCCUGGGAAGUGCCUGACCAUUAUUUUUCUUUUUUUUUUUUUUUUUUUUUUUUUGCGGAAAAAAAUGAUGAGUACGCCCUGCGUACGCUCCACCGUGGAGGAGACGCCCCGGGCCCUGUCGCACCCCGUGCGGCCGCCCCAUCCCCACCCCACUGCCGGGGCCCCGACCCCGGGGAGCCGCGGGGAGGCCCCUCGCUUGGGAGCGGCUUCCGUCGUGUUCCGUUUUGCAGCCCAUUUGGGAAGAGCGAUCGCGGGGCGGGGACGGUGUCGGGAUAUUCUCAGGUCUGUCCCCAAGAGGCGGGGCCGUGGCCUCCAUCGCCCGGCCGUCCGUCGGAGGCGCCUCGGCCCGGGGGGUCUCCAAGCCUGGCCCCCCGCCCCGGCCUCGCACUGAGCCAGAGCCGCGGGGCCGCUUCCUGGGGGCGCGGGGUGGCUCUUCACCUGGUGGAGACCGAGCACUACAGUGUUUUUGUUUUGUAUGUGUGGGUUUUGUUUUUUUGCACAAACGGACCGGGAGGGGAACUGCCGGCGAUGCCUUGGGCCCCGCGCCGCCGGGAGUGGCCGUGCGUGCCGCCGGUGCUGCGCCCGAGCAGGAAGGGGGCUCGUGGCCCUGGGGGCAGGCGGCGGGCAGGAGUUGGGGGCUGCGGCGUUCCUGGGGGUCAGAACGGGCCGGGGGCCCCCAGCCUCUCAGCCCGUUUCUCUUUGGCAUCUCUGCCAAAAGGGUCCUUCUCGUGCCAUUCUGUGCCGCCCCCCCAGGCGCGCCCGCAGUGGGGGGCAGAUGGUGCUGCUGGCGGGGCCCCUCCGGUCCUCGCGGGCCGGCCUCUCCGCGUCCUCGCGCCUCUCCAGGGCCCCGAUCACAAGAAGGGACCAGGAUGGGCUCUCCGGGGGGUGGCGUGGACGGGGAGGGGGCCCCCAAGUAUUAACUCUUCCCCGAGGUGGGCAGCGUGCCAAGCAUCGCAGGGCCAACGCCGGGCGGACGGCAGGGCCUCCCACGCCCGGGCGCCGAGGCCGGUUCCGUGCCAACGCCAGCCGGGCCGGGGUCUCGGCCCCUCCCUCGCCCGGGGGGUGAGGCGGGUGGGUUUCUCGUUCUCCACCCUGUGAACUUCACCUCCAUCGAGAUUUCUCCGAGCAGCGACCUCCCUCCGGUCCUGUCUCCCCGCAGAAGGAAAGCCGCCGCCCGGGCGCCCUGGUCCCCGCCGGGGAGACAUCCCAGUGCCAACGCCCCCGCCGCGCGGACGUGCUCCAGUCGCCCUUGUAUAUUACACAGUCCUGAUUUCAGACGAUUUAACCCUUAACCUAUUUAAAAAAAGAAUAUUAUAUAAAAAUGCUGUUUUUAAACCUUUUGUCAUUUGAAAUGCAUGUACUGUGCGUGCUGGGGGCGGGGCGCCAUCCGCUCCAUGCCAGCUUCCUGGGCCUGGGCCGCCCGCGACCAGGCCGGGGGGGACGGCGGGCGCAGCUCAGCGUGUGGGGCCCUGACCCCUUAAUCCAGGGACACCCGAUGGAAAUCGACUUUUCAUAUCUUUCUCCUGAAAUGAAUUGUUUUAAAUUGGAAUAAAUUUUGUUCCUAAA